GACCGAGCUUCUCGCCUCGCUGCAGCCGCUAAACAUAUCUAACGGAGGCCUCCAUUUGCUUUAUGAAUGCUCUGCCAGGCCGGGACCAAGUCGCCUAAAUCACCAACCUCAAAGGUCUCUUCAAGAUGUCGGAAAAGGUCAAGGAAUUCAUCGACAUUCCGCAGAGCUUCAUCAAGGAAGGCACUCAGUUCAUGACAAGAUGCACCAAGCCUAACCAAAAAGAAUACAUCCAAAUCUGCCGCGCGGUCGGGAUGGGGUUCGUCGUAAUGGGGUUCAUCGGGUACUUUGUCAAGCUCAUCCACAUUCCGAUCAACAAUAUCUUAGUCGGCGGUGCAUAGAGAGUACAUCACCUCGCUGUAUUCCACGUCGCGGACUAGAAUCUCUUCCGGAUUUCAUUGCAUCCCUCUUCAGCAUC